AAGCUAUCAUCAUCACUUAAGUUUAAAGACUUUCAAAACUUUCACUGAACCUGUCAACUACGGGCGAAUGGGUCAUAUUUCGUCUGCUAGCGUGCAAGUCUACUGAUCUAGUUAUGUAUGUAGGCUGGCGAACCAGGUGUUUCCGUUCUUAUCAUAUGAUGCUUUUGCGUCUCGCGGUAGUAGGCAUCGCGUUCUUCUGGUCCAAGUCUAUUUUAAGCGAAUUCCAUCCUGCGCUAGAUCAGUUCAGUUAGAGGACGAUGUCGGAACAAAGAAUAUUAUGGAUAAACUCGUGCUUAUAUCGGAACUAGAGCGAAUGUCUGUAGUGUCUAAGGCUGCCCUUUUGACUUGGUCACCUCUGCCUCUGUGUUGAGCAUGAAUGAGGGUGAACUGACCUACUCCUCCGACCAGAUCGAGCAGCUUCUUCAGUGUUCAGUAUGCCUUGACAGGUACAAGACGCCCAAACUGUUGCCUUGCCAACACACAUUCUGCCACCAGCCAUGCCUUGAAGGUCUGGUUGACCACCGUCUCAGGACAAUCCGAUGUCCCGAAUGUCGAGCUGACCACCUCGUGCCCCGGGGAGGGACAGCCAACUUCCCCAACAACCUCACCAUCAUCAGCUUCUUGGAGCUGUCCGGACAUAGGAGGUCCACAGGGAUCCAGUUCGAGGAGAUCCAGGCCAUCGGGUCCAAUGUCACGGCAGCUAUUGUGCCCCAGGGUGCUGGAGCUGUGGGCGGGACUGGAGCCUCGUCCAGUGGAGCCACUUCCACUUCUACAUCCACGAAUGUAGGUGGAGCCACUACAUGUUCGGAAUGUUUGCGUGAACGGAAUAUAUCUCGGUGUUCUCAUUGCAAUGACUUGCUUUGUGACAGCUGCAAGAGAGGGCAUUUUGAUCGGUAUAAGAAUGAUGUGACUCGUCUCAUUAGUCAGAUCCGACGCAGCCUGCCGAACUUGUCAGAGUCUUUGUCUGGGAUCAGCAGUCAGGGGUCUCAGCUUCAGCAAAGAUGUGAGACUGCUAAGGAAGAACUGACAGAAGCUAUUGAAAAGCAUAUACGAGAGUUGAGAAAUAGACAUAGGGAAUUGUUAGGGGAAAUUGAUAGCUUUAUUCUAGGGGAACUACGAUCUCUUCGAACACAUCAAGAAAAUGUUGAGGUUGAAAUUGCAAGUAUUGCGAGUUUUUGUGACUCCUCAGAAGCAAGCAUGAACAGAACCAGCACCCCUGAAGCUCACAUUAUGGAAGUGAAACAACAGUGUCUGGAACAUCUUGAGUCACUUCGAGCUGUCGACUCAGGAAGGGCCAGAGCUCCAGUUCUGCGUCAUCUCCAGAUUGAAAUGGAAGGACAGUAUCUGACCAACACAAUUGACAAUUUUGGCGAAGUCAUUGUUACGAGUGGAUUAUCAAGAAAUGUUCCACUACCUUCUCAGAGAUCGCAAGACCACACAGCUCCAUCUGCUGGAGCAAGGGAAGUUUCGGAAAAUACAGAAGGUCUCGAUAGAAGAGAAGGCAGAGCAACGUGGCAGAUUCCAGGGUCCAUGGACUAUUCCUUAAGGGUUGCUGAAACAAGAUCCCCUUCUGUGUCCCCCAAUCUUGAAAGGCGGGGAGCUGUUGCCAGGGAUUCCAGACUGUCCAGAGUUUCAUUUGAGGACCACAAUGUAGAUGAGGAUGGAGACAGGAGGAUUCUGGGAAAUCUGUCCCUCCCCUCAUCCCCGCUUAUCGAAGUUCGACGGAGACCUCGGAGGGAACACCACUCGGAUACACGUAUCGCUGGUCUCCUCUCCGGAGGCGAUGGCCUCUCCAUUAUGGAAAGGAACAGAGCAAGGCACAGAAGCAUUGGUGCCCUGCCUCCACCUGAUGAAGAAUCUCUGGAUGGGAAUUCAGUAUCAUCUGAUUCGCCUCCCAGAUUUGCCCGAGAACAAACUUUUGUCCGUGACUCCCCAGCUCGUAAUGCUACGAACCAAGCACCCGAUGGGGCCUGGAAUCGAGGUUCUGUUCGACCAGCUGUUCGGUUUGAUGUUGCCGUGAAUCAGUCCGAUGAUCAGUCAAGCGGUGAGUCUAGUGGGAACUAUUCUUUCAGUCGUGCCAACGCCAGUCCCAGCAUGUAUGUGUCUUCCCCCAGGAACAAGUACAACCAGAAGGGCCAUGCUAUUCUCAGGUUCGGUGAACGUGGAAAUGAAACAGGAAAGUUCACCUGGCCGCGUGGCGUGGCUGUUUCUCGUUUAGAUGACAACAUCUAUGUCGCAGACAGCUCAAAUCACAGAGUCCAAGUCUUUGCAGUGGACGGAAGGUUUCUUAAGACUUUCGGGACAUAUGGUCAGAACGAGGGUGAGUUUGACUGUCUUGCUGGAAUAGCUGUGAACGGUCUCAACCAAGUAAUCGUAUCCGACCGAUACAAUCAUCGUAUUCAGAUCUUCGACCGACGUGGUCAGUGUCAAAGUGUUUUUGGUGUAGAGGGUACAGGAGAUGGUCAGCUGAACUACCCAUGGGGGAUUGCUUGCGACAAUAUGGGAUUCAUCUAUGUCUGCGACAAGGAGAACCAUCGCAUACAAGUCUUUCAGUCCAACGGUACCUUUGUGAGAAAGUUUGGCCGGUUCGGCCAGGCUCCUGGACAGAUGGAGAACCCACACUAUGUGGCUGUAAGCAGCGACAACAAGGUCUACGUCAGCGACAGCAGCAAUCACAGAAUCCAGGUUUUUAACAUAUACGGCGAUUUCCUCUUCACUUUUGGGUCGAAUGGAACUCAAAGAGGACAGCUGAAGUUCCCCCGUGGCAUUGCUAUUGACAGUCAAGGAUUUGUCGUGGUGGCUGACAGUGGAAAUAAUCGAAUUCAAGUAUUUCGAGCGGAUGGAAGGUUCUACACCAUGUUUGGAAGCUGGGGAAAUGAGAACGGUCAGUUCAAAGGGCUGGAGGGGAUUGCUAUACAGUGCAAUGGAAAUGUUAUCGUCAGUGACCGAGAAAAUCACAGAAUCCAGGUGUUCUGAAUGUAUAUCAAAUUAACAGUGUUCACGUACAUGCUAACAUUACUGCCAAAUCACAUCAGGAUACUAGAAGUGAUUCUCUUCAUCAUGUUGAAAGGUGUUUUUGAUCUUGUUAACAAUAUUAUCAAUUCUGUGAAUGAAUUUACAGACAUGGUUUUUGGUUUCAGAAAAUGAACAUGAGAAAAUUGUAUCGUAUUGAUUCAUUGAAGACAUAUUUUGUGAAGAAAUAUUUAUUUAGGUCUGAAGUUCAAGUUAUAUUUAUCUUACAGUAUUUCUGUUCUUAUAAAGUUUACUUGGUUUGUUUGAUCUCGACCAGUCAUAGUUUCUCAUAAAUUGUAUAUCUAAAUUAGUACCUUACACAUGUGUCACUGAUAAUAGUGGUCUUUCGCAUUUUUAAUUCUUUGGGUCAACUUUCUUGCUUUGAAAAUACAUCGAUUGGUUGAACUUCUUAAGCUGAACUAUUUUGGAAAUGAGAAAUAAGAAAACAGAUUUUAGAUUUGAUGUAAAUCAAUUAAUCAUACCUCAUUAACAUUCACGUUUUCUGAUAUUUCUUCAUUUUGAUGUCAUAAGAGUACAGAAAGGACAAUUCUUGUGCUAAAACGGCCUUACAUUACCAAUGUGCCAUAGCUGAGAGCAAAUGUUCUAUAAUGGUUUUAUUCUACUAGGGGCACUCGUGGCCCAGUUGUCUGAGGCAUCACAAUUCGCUGUUGCGUCCCUUGGGCACGCCAGAAACCUAUGAUUGUGGGUUUUGAAUCCCGGUUCGCCCUGAUUAUGUUUCUAGGUUUGUCAUCACCAUACCCUGGCAAAUGUGGGGUUGAAACCCAUCUCACUCACUCAUUAUGUACCAUCUCAGUAACUUAUGUACCAUAUCAGUAAUUUACGUGCCAUCUUAGUAGUUUUGUGUACCAUGUCAGUGAUUUACAUACUAUAUCUGAAAUUUACAUACCGUCUCAGUAAUUUACAUACUGUCUCAGUAAUUUAAAUACCAUCUCAGUAAUUUACAUAACGUCUCAGUAAUUGACGUACCAUCUCAGUAAUUUACAUACUGUCUCAGUAAUUGACGUACCAUCUCAGUAAUUUACAUACUGUCUCAGUAAUUGACGUACCGUACCAUCUCAGUAAUUUACAUACUGUCUCAGUAAUUGACGUACCAUCUCAGUAAUUGACGUACCAUCUCAGUAAUUUACAUAACGUCUCAGUAAUUGACGUACCAUCUCAGUAAUUGACGUACCAUCUCAGUAAUUUACAUAACGUCUCAGUAAUUGACGUACCAUCUCAGUAAUUAUUGUACCAUCUCAGUAAUUGACGUAACAAUGUCAGUAAUUGACGUACCGUCUCAGUAAUUUACAUAACGUCUCAGUAAUUGACGUACCGUCUCAGUAAUUGAUGUACCGUCUCAGUUAUUUACAUAACGUCUCAGUAAUUGACGUACCAUCUCAGUAAUUGACGUUCCAUCUCAGUAAUUGAUGUACGUCUCAGUAAUUGAUGUACCGUCUCAGUAAUUUACAUAACGUCUCAGUAAUUGACGUACCAUCUCAGUAAUUGACGUACCAUCUCAUUAAUUGAUGUACCGUCUCAGUAAUUUACAUAACGUCUCAGAAAUUGAUGUACCAUCUCAGUAAUUGAUGUACCAUCUGAUCAUUUAUGUACCAUCUGAUCAUUUAUGUACCAUCUCAGUAUUAUUGUACAUCAUCUCAGUAUUAUUGUACAUCAUCUCAGUAUUGUUGCAUACCAUCUAUCAUGAUCUAUGUAGCGGUAUGUCAGUCUUCCGAAGUAUCACUCAAUAUUGCCAUACAUCAACUGCAACUUUUCACGUUGAACACUGCUGACAUGAGACAUUGGACCAUCUUUAAGGAAUGGUUAUACCAAUGCAAACACUGCUUCAUGAUUUGUUUGAUAAUUUAGAAAAUCUGAAUGGAAUUGAUCAUUUCUACUGAACUGAAAUAUUGUUUCAUUUAAGCCUCAGGUACUUUGGCUGAGUGUGAUGCAAGUGACUGGCAUACAUCUUCCUGAGUCAAGGCAAUUAACUAUAAGAGUCCUGUUUCCACCCUUGCCAAACUAGGCUGGAAUUAUGGAGUUACAUUUUGGCUUGGCUAACGAGUGUGCGUAGUCCAAUCAAAAUCGUGUAACGAAAUCAACAUUAGGUUCAUAAACUUCAGUGCAGAUUUCGGACGAUUGCAGAAUUUGCAGAGCUUGUGUAUUGUCAACAGGGCAUCGACAGAUAUUUUCCAAAUCUUUUCAUGUUUUUAAUCAAGGUGCUCAACUGGUUUGAUGCAUUUGCAAGGUUAGACCUGUUUAAUUACAAUAAAUAUCAUGAUUAUUGAUCGGAUCGAUUUGACUGGGUGCCGCCAGUUUGCUUGAAGCAAUUGCAAGUGAUAUGUGGGGUGGAAUUUGAUUGGUCAGUAGAAGGGACAUAGAACGGACAUAACUUGUAUUUGCCACUGGUGGCGCUGCGAUCGAGCCAUGGAAUUCCAGCCUAGUUCAGCAAGGGUGGAAACUGGAUUUGUAUAGUCAGUUAACUGUCUUGCCUCGGGAAGAUGCAGGCAUAUACCAAGUGGAGCAACUUGUUGCAGCUGGCCCAGUGUGAUGUGCUGGGUCAACUGUGACAAGAGUGUAUUGAGUGUAUUAUAGUGUACAGUACAUGCAGUACAGUGUUAUUUUCUGCUGCUGAAUCAUCUCAAGGUUCAUAUGUCCUGCUACUGAUGCAGACCUGUGAUAUGUUCCGUGAUGCAGUUUUAAGUUGUAGGUGUUGCAUAAGUCGGAGCUCUAAAAACACUUUGUGGAUCUGGGCCCUGUUCCAUAAGUGAUCUCAGCACUAAGGUGAUCAUAACACCCAUAUGUUAAACUAGUAGGAUGACAUCGCACUACUGUUGUUGCAGUUGAUUCCAAGCCAGAUUUCACUGACUAUUUUGAACAUGCAUUUUGAACAAGUUUGACUGAUUUAACUGUAGGUUAUUAUGUAAAAAGGGUUCGCCCCGAUUAUGUUUCUAGGUUUGUCAGCACCAUACCCAUACUAGUGGGAUUCACCAAAGUGGUAAACGUCUGAGACCUGCAUCACUUCGGGCUGUCCUCCAUAACAUGGUUUAACUUGGAGAAAUCACUCCGUGUUGAUUCUUGAAGUGGAAAUAGUGAAUAAGUAAGUGGGUUUUUCGGCCAAUUUUAGCAAUAUUCCAGCAAUUACAUGGUGGGGGACACCAGAAAUGGUCCUCACGCAUUGUACCCAUGUGGAAUUUGAGCCCGGGUCUUUCGCAUGGCAAACAAACACUUUAACUACUAGGCUACCCCACCGCCCUGAAGUAGAAUAGACAAGAUCCUCAGCCUUGGCUUACGAUAGUUGUAGCACUAAGAACGAGUUGUUGAUAUGAACCCCGUUCCAUUUAGCGAUCUCAAUUGAUGUGAACAUCAGCUAAGUUGUGAGAACACCUUGUGUAAUGGGGCCCAGGACCCUGCUGAUAACGAGUAGGAAACUUUCAAUGACAGACACCAAUGCUCUUCCCAGAUCGUCGACAGCUCAUUUCGUUCUGGUGAUUUAUGUAAAGUAAUGAGAUUUGGGGAGAAUACAACUAUUUCCUCCAGAUUGUCACAAGGAUGUGGUGUAGCCUAAUAGAUAAAGGUUUAGCCUGACACACUUUAGGUCUGGGUUUGAUUCCCCAAAUGAGUUCAAUCUGAUGCCUGGUGUCCCUUGUAAUAAUAUUGCUGGAAUAUUGCUACACACAGUAUAGAACACAACUCACUCACUACUACAGGUAGGGCACCUGUUGAUGGUGUAUUCCACUACCUACAUCUCAGCCAAGGCCAGGAAGUCACAGUGUUGCAAAUACCAAUAAUAUACUGCCAUUGUCCUUUUAUGCAUUUUCAUUUCCAUCUUGGCACACCCUCAAACUUUGAUAAAGUGAAACAAAUGAUCUCAUCAUGCUCAUUGACAAUUUCUAAUUGUGUCCAUGUAGGAUUUAAUUCACAUUGAAAUUUGAAAUAUAUAUUUCAACAAAAAGUAAAUUACUUUUUGAGGUUGCACGUUUUCUACUCAUUUCCCUAAUUUUGACGAACACUGAUUCUGAGAGAAUGUUGGCACAGAUUAGUGGAGAGAGUUGGCUGACACAGCAUCCUCAUCUUCUGGCCCCGACUCCCCCCUCCUCCCUCCCCCCCCUCCCAGAGUGAAGGCUAAUCAGGCAUGUCCCAGGGAUGAUGUAGCAGGAGUUCCCUUACAUGUGCUGAGAUAAACUGGAUGGAUGGUAUUGAUGCAAGCCAACAAUUUAUCCCACACAGUGUCUCAACUUAGUUUUCCUACUAUAGCAAUGUUUGUGCAGAGGAAGAUUCCAACUUGCUAAUCUUUGAUUCAGAGGGUUCUUAUUUCAAAAUGAACUGACUAAACAUAAAUAGAUAGUGAGUGAGUAUAGUUUAAUGCCGCUUUUAGCAAUAUUCCAGCAAUAUCACAGCGGGGGACACCAAAAAUGGGCUUCACACAUUGUACCCAUGUCGGGAAUCGAACCCAGGUCUUUGGCGUGACGAGCGAAUGCUUUAACCACUAGGCUACCCGACCGCCCCUCAUAAAUAGAUAACAUUAAUAACCACAUAAACAUGAUAAACUGAAAGGAAUAAAUUCCCCAAUUCAAAUGAACAUCUUAUUUUCAUUAAAAUAUUAAUUUCUUCUGUUGCAAGUCUUUCUAUAUUAAUCCCAUGUUGUCUGUGACAAGCUGUGAUCUCAUAACCCUCCCUUCGGGGUUCUGUUUUGGUUUGAUGGUCUGGGGUCCUGCUACUUUCGUACAGGUGGCCUGUUUGCUCCUGCCGUCCAAGAGUUGCCUCCUUUAUUCAGGCGAACACAGACAGCAUGUUUAUCUCCCAAUUAAGGGGUUAGUGCAGGUGUAUUGGUCACAUGGACAUAUGAACAAUUGGAUUGAUCUGUAUCAACGUAUCAUUGAGUAUCAUCUCUGUACCAAUAUGUACCGCUGUAUCCAUUGUUUUUUCACCCGGUCAUGGAUGUUCCCGGAUUGAAUGGUCUACUUUCCUCAAUAUCAUUCUUGGAGUGUUGUUCCCAGGUGUGAGGUUGAACCCAGAUUUCCAAGUCCUCGCCUCUGAUCAGAAUCUGAUUGAACAAAUCAGUCACUUGUAACUUCAUGUCAACGAUCAUGAGACUCAUUUUUUUAUAUUAUUUGUAUCACAGACAAAUUUCGGUGAGAUCUGCAGAUGGAAAACCAGGAAAAGGAGUUACACAACAGUAAUGAAACUUAGGCCACACUUUUUCAUAUUUUGGUUUACUGUUUUUUUUGCUAACAAUUUUCCUAGAUUUGGCCGCAGUAGAAGUAAAAAUUAAUUUGUGUAUCUCAAUAUUUUUGUAUUAUAUUUAGCAUUUAGCUGUUUGAUUUUAUAGGAAGAAAUUCUAAUUCUAUUUUAAAUGCAUAUUAGGUGUUUGCUGGCAAAGACUAUAUGUAUUGAUUAUUUAUUCAAAAGUUAACAAUUAUGCUUGCUUAGAUUUUGUAGUUGUAUAUUUUAGUUUUCCUAAUUCAUCCAAAAUAGAGCAGUCUUGGAAAUAAUUAUAUAUUUUAACUGUUUUAUGUUUAAUUUUAAGGUUAUUUAUAAUAGAAACAGUACCAGGAAUUGCUUCAGACUAAACUUAUGAUUUGGUUUCAUAGUGUACAAACCCAUUCAUCUUUUAAAAUCCCAUACACCACAGUGGUGACAGAUGAAUUUUUUUUAAUAUUACCGUAUUUGAUGUAUUAAAGUGCCCAGGGCGCUCUCAAAAUUAGAAAUAGGGGGCUCUUAUUAGAAUAUAAUUUUGGUGAAAAAAAAGAUUUA